AUGAUUGGCCAUCACGAGAAACAGCACUUUUGUACGCUCUCGCUUCUCCGAGUUCAUGGUAAAGAUGCUAAGGAGACGUUGAAGGAGGAAAUGGAACGAUUACAAGCUGAAGUGCAGGAGGUAGAGUCUUUGCUCAGUGAUAAUGAAGCCGACGAGGAGGUUGAAGAGGACGCGACGGUGGAUGUGAGUGUCGGCGAACACGAGACAAAGAAUGUCUCACAGACUGCAGACGAGACACGAGGAGGCAAUGGAACGGAUGCAGACGGGCGUGGGUACAAGAUAUCUGCGUCGCGAGCGAAUAUGAACGCCACCGGCGAUGGGACACAACGUGAAGCAUCUCUCAAAGAGAUUCCUGUCGAUGACACGGCGUCGGUGAACGCGUCGUCGGCAGAGGCUAAUGGCACAGAUACGGGUGCCGCGGUUUCAAACGUCACCGUACCCUCUACGGUGAACGUGACGAACGCUACGACUGUCGCGACAUCGAAGCCGAAUAUUCCUUCCACGAGCGAGUUGGCGAAAGGCGGCGGUGGCGGAGAUGCGAACGUUUUCAGAUUAUUGGCGCAAAAGAUGAAAGACUUAGAGCUCAAUCAGAGUCUAUUAUCCCGAUACGUUGAGUCUUUGAACGCUCGCUACGGAGAAACACUCGCCGACUUCAGUCGAGAAAUCGAUGCCAUCGAAGAAUCCGUCGCCAAUUCCACGGAGGAUCUUGACGAAGCAACGCGGCGAUCGAAAGCGAGUUCGAAGACGUGCGACGAAGCCGUCGCGCGCGUGAGCGAAACCUCUGAAAAGAUUGUCGCCGCAGCGGUGAACGAGCUCAACGCGUAUCGACGUGCGGUGAUAACGCGCGACACUGUACUUGCACUGGCGCUGGCGCUCACCGCCGGAGCGCUCGUCGCGUCGAAACGGUCCUCGGGUAUCAUGGAGCGUUUCCUGAGCGCAUGCUCCUCGUUCGCUUUGCUUGUCAUAGUUGUCGCUAACAUCGUUCUUAUCGUGCAGAAUUGGCUGAGAGAGAGCGCUAUAUUGUAA